UUCCCUCUCCCCCUCCCUCCGCCUGCAAUCCUUUUUCCUUUUUCCCGGAAAAUACGAGGAAUCUAUUUUUUGCCACCCUUCCCCGCUCUCUCUCUCUCUCUCUGUCUACAGCAAAUGCAUCGCGUCGAUCGAGGAAAGGCAAGGACGACGCAGUGAAUUCCGCGCAGAAAAAGGACAAAGAAGAAGGAGAGAGAGAGAUGGGUCCGGAGGGGUAAAGCUUCCCCACCCCCGCAGUCUAGGGUUUCAAUUUUUUUCCCGCUCCCUCCCGAGGGGGAAAUGUACCCGGGAAGAGCAGGCGACCGGAGGCUCUGUUUAUUGCUCCGCUUCGAAUUCGUUUCCCUCCAGAAGGCCUCGGUCGGUGCUUUUCCCGGGUAAAUGAGCGCGCCGAUUCCCGAGAAAGUUGGGGGGGGAUGGGGGAAAGAUCCGCGUUCCGGUGAAGAUCGCCGUCCGUGUCCGUUUCGCAGCUCCCUGCCCCGUCUACGUUCUUGAUCUGACCCGUUCGCCAUGAAUACGCGAGGCUUUCUUGCGUGAGAACCCUUGUCUUUUUCGGAGUUUUGAAAGAGGGAAGUUGUUGGUUGAUCUAAAUCCAUAUUCUUGUCUUUGAUCUACCUCGGAUUCAAGAACCGUCUUUGAGUUGCUUGAAUUCUAAUGCUGUUUGGCUAUGGAUUCGGUAGAGACAUUGCCUUCGAGAUCGUCAGGUUGCUGUCAUGGCUGCAGUGAUUGUCAAUCUUCAGCGGGUAGUGCUUGGUUUCGCAAUGUCAAGCGUAAAUAUGACGAACUGCAGGGGAAUAGGAGAUUCUUUGUGCCCGGGGUUGAGUAUGAUUCUGUUGCGCGAAUUGAAAUCGAGAACGAGACCGCAGCAUUGCGUGAGAUGGUUUGUAGCCAACAGAAAGCCAUACAGGAUUUGACCGUGGAGCUCGAAGAAGAGAGGAAUGCCGCUUCAUCUGCGGCGAGUGAGGCCAUGUCGAUGAUUUUGAGGUUGCAGAGGGACAAGGCGGAAAUCCAGAUGGAUGCGCGGCAAUUCAAACUAUUUGCGGAGGAGAGAAUGGGACACGAUCAACAGGAGAUACUGGCUCUGGAAGACCUGUUGUAUAAGAGAGAGCAAGCCAUACAAUCACUCACAUGCGAGGUACAGGCUUAUAGACAUAGAAUGAUGAGUUAUGGGCUCACUGUGGCAGAAGCCGAUGGGGGCAUGACUGAAAAUCUUGAUUGCCGAUUUGAAUUUCCAUUUUAUGAUUAUCCUCCUUUGAAAUGCCACUUCAAUGAGACACCUGGUCCAUGGGAGGGUGAGAAUGAGGUGGUUGAUGUUGAAAAGUUCGCACAUGGCGAGACUCCCCAUGGCCGUAACGAACUGAAGGAUUUGGAACACCGAAUUCACCAAAUGGAGCAAGAUCCCAGCAACACUCAGUUGGAUGGGGAUUUUCCUGGCCUUGAGAACAUCCCAGAGAAAGUUAUAGUAGGUCAAUCUCCUAGGCAACCACAACAUUCGAGGAGUUCUUCGAAUGAUGGUUUGGGUUCAGACUUGCCUCUUGAUUCUCCGAGACUCAUAAAUAGCUUCAAGAGGAUGGAGUGUGUUAUGGAGACGGAGAGUACCCAUCAGGCAAAAAAGCUGAAUAACUCACCAGAAGCUGAUGAUGAUGUAACUGACAGGAUCUGUACGAUUGAUUCAAUCUACACAGGCUUGACACCCAAGAAAUCUGGACAUAGCGGUCCUGAAGAGGACAUAGUUACACCAAGAUACACUUCAAACUGCAUCAAUGCGGAUCAGGAUCCAGAUAUCACAAAGCUCUACAUGAGGCUUCAUGCACUUGAGGCUGACAGGGAAUCACUGAGGCAGGCAAUUGUUUCAAUGCAAACUGAUAAAGCACAAAUGCAAUUAAUUAAAGAAAUAGCCGAGCGUCUAUGUAAGGAAAGAUCACCAGAAGAACGCAUGCCUGUUAGAAAGCCAUCUCCUUUUGGAUUUUUUUCCUCUGUUUUCAAGUGGAUUGGGUCCUUUGCCUUUCGGAGAAAGAAGGCUCGUAGAAGCAAGUACUUGUUUGGGCUAUCGCCUGAUUGUGUGGGCUUGCUAAUUCUUUUAGAAGACAGACCCCAGAAGCAGCGGAGAUGUCUGACACGUGCAAAAAGGGCGGCUUCAACUGUCAAACUUCCAUAUCCAUAGCAAGCCUCUCCUUAUAUGCAGAGAAACUUAGAACAUCUGCAGAUUUUUUAUCUUGUCCAGAACACGCAUCAGCCGAUCUCUAUUCUCAUGAUACUCGCUGGGUUUUCUGGGAGGAUCAAAUAUCUGCCUGCUAGACUAUCCGUCUCAGUUUGGAAGACCUUCGGAUAAAUUUGAUUACUCCAUGGACCACGUGUCGAAUUAAUUCCUGUAAUUGGGUCAUCUUCUUGGUUAGGCUGAAUGCUUGAUGAUUGACAUUUCAUUUGGUGGGAGCAAGGGCCGGUUACAGAGGGGGCCGAACAUUAGAUGGUUUUAUGCCAAUCAUUAUUCUUUGCUGAAAUUAGCAAGCGAAAAAAUUAAAAGUUACCUGAGGAAUUCUUUUACACUGAUUUUCUUUUCGAAAUGAAAUGUCAGUUCUGGG